CCCUCUGCUAGUCAAUUGGUAAGGUCAUCAUUGGAUUCAUCUUCAUCUGAUGGUGGAGCGGAGCAAGCUAUGGAGCAAAUUCUUCAUGCUCAGGCCCACAUAUGGAACCAUUGCUACAGCUAUAUAAGUUCGAUGUGCUUGAAAUGCGCCAUAGAACUUGGCAUACCUGACACAAUCCAUAGCCACGGUGGACCCAUGACCCUUAACCAGCUUGUGGAAGCGAUCCCAGUCCGCCUGGGGAAGGCCCAUUGCCUAUACCGAGUUAUGCGUGUCCUCGUCUACUCAGGCUUCUUCGAGCUGCAGAUCAAUAAAAGAGGAGGAGCUCAUGAGGAGGAGGCAGCUUAUUCGCUUAACAAUAUCUCCAAACUCCUCAUCAGAGACAAUCCCCUCAGUGUGGAGCCGUACCUUCGGGUUAUGCUCAAUCCCAUUCCGAUGAAGUCAAUGGAUUGUUUGAGCGCCUGGUUCCAAAAUGAUGAUCUUUGCACCGUAGGGACGGCCCAUGGAAUGAAUCCCUGGGAUCUUGUGGCCAGAAACCCCAUGUUUGGGUGCCUAUUCAAUGGUGCCAUGGCAAGCGAUUCUCGGUUGGUUGCGAGGGUGUUGAUGGACCGCUGCAAGUGGGUGUUUGAAGGGUUGAAGUCGCUUGUGGAUGUAGGGGGCGGGACUGGGGAGAUGGGCAAGGCCAUCGCAGAUGCGCUCCCACAUAUGGAGUACACUGUGCUUGAUCUCCCGCAUGUGGUGGCCGGUCUGCAAGGGACUGGGAACUUGAAGUAUGUCGGAGGGGACAUGUUUAAUGAGAAAAUCCCACCCGCAGAUGCAAUUCUCUUGAAGUGGAUAUUGCAUGAUUGGACGGACGAGGAGAGCGUAAAAAUACUGAAGAAGUGCAAGGAAGCCAUACCAAGAAAAGAGGAGGGAGGGAAGUUGAUCAUCAUAGAGAUGGUGAUCGAUAACCCAACAGAAGAAGAUGAGAAGAUUAAGGAAACACAGCUCUUGGCCGACGUAGCCAUGAUGAACAUCAUGGGAUUAGAAAGAAACAGAGAGGAAUGGGCCAAGCUCUUCACUGAUGCCGGUUUUAGCGGUUACAAGAUAAGUCCUAUAUUGGGUUUACGAUCUGUCAUUGAAGUUUAUCCAUGAUUCCCCUCUUAUUUACUAUGAAAUGUGGAUUUGGUAAUUAGUCUUGCGAGAAGAACUUGAUAAUAAGCCAAAGUUUUCUUUUUUAUCCCGGUAUGGGAUAAUAAGCCAAAGUUGCCUUAAGGAUAUUGUAACUUUAUUCUGUGGCCGGAGACGAGAUUAGAUGGGCGUUGUUAUUUCCU